GCCGGAUUGAGUCUGUACAUCAUUUCCUUUGUCUUUGUCCUUCUCGCACUCAAUUCAUAAUGUCAAGAUCUUUGGAUGCACACAUUUCCUCGCAGGUGAGACAGAAUACAGCAGAAUCAGCAGCAGAGUGACCUGGAGUGUUGUCGGCUUUUCACCCUGAAACCCGAGGCUACUAGCCCUGCAAGCGAGACCACCUCGCCCGGAGGGAAGAUCAGCAAAGAUCAGCAGGAUCAACACCAGGAUUCGACACGUGCUAUAUCUUCCCCAGGGAACCACAUCGGGUGUGAUCGACUGCGAAUCAUUCAAGAAAAGACUUCUUGGGCACUUGCCGGAAUACACUUUGACAGUUGACAACGCUUGGAUAUUGAGAACUUUGGCAAGCAGUCUGGCUGCAUAGCAGCAUCGUCAUCGAUGUAAAGGAAGACCAACAGAUCGAGAAUACCUGCGUCGAUGCUUGCCCUGAGCAAAAAGCUCAGGGCGUCCGUUCGUUACUGAAAUUCACCCUGGUUCUUCUUCAACAAGAAAGUCCAACUUGUCACCCCAAGAUCUCAACAGUCCAGCAUAAUGUCUCCCACAACAGCAAACAGACGCCGGCCGGCCAGGCGGCGGAGUACACUCGCUUACAACAAAUCAUCACCCAUACUACUCUCGUUAUUGAUAAUACUCAUGUCAAUGCUGGCACCCUCAUCAGCAUACGACAUGCAAAUCGACCCUCUUGUCCAGGAAUCAUCAUUCUUCAAGGACCUAGAAGCAAGAGGGGAAAUCCACAUCGAUCUCUCAGAACCGCCCUCAAGGCGAGACGUAUACAUGCAAAAACGGCAGGACGACGACGUCGUGCCCACGACCGUCUCCGCUGCCGCCGGAACCACCUCAGCGCCAGCGAUCGCCACCGACACCGACACCAACCUCUCCCCAACCGUCGUGUCAACCUCGAUAUCUCCCUCCAUCACCGUUGUCACCACACCGCUCCCCUCGCCAUUCGACACCUCUCUGGGCAGCAACUUCACGCAAUCCUCCUGUCCGUCCUUCUUCUCGACGUUCCUGGCCAACUCGACCUUCCAAUCCUGCGUGCCCAUCUCGCUCUUGCUUCAAAACUCAAACUCAUUCUUCCGCGCCAUGCGCUCCGCAACCCUCCUCACCCAGACCCUCGACUCCGCAUGCAACGCCCCCCUGGCCAUCUGCAUGCCUCUCAUGACCAACCUGGCCUCCCAGCUCAUCGACGACGACAACUGCGGUCAAGACUUCAAGGCCGAAAACGCCCUCGUCGCACAGGCCUACGCCGGUCUGACCGCCUACGAGCCGCUCUACCGCGCCACGUGCCUGCGUGACAACGGUUCGACCACCGGGGCCGACGCAGGCGCGGACACAGGGGCAUACUGCUUCAGCCAGGCCAUCACAAACUCCACCAACCAGGCCGACAGUUACCCGUACUACUCGGCCCUCGGUCUGAGCAUGCCGACCGGCGCCCGACCCACCUGCAGCCAGUGUCUGCGCGAUACCAUGAAGAUUUUCGCCGGCUAUGCGCAGGACACGAAUCAGCCCUUGUCGAAUACAUAUCUGAUGUGCGCAAGUCAAAUCGACACCGGCUGCGGAGCGGGAUUUGCAGAGUUGGAUAUCAAGAUCGGGAGCGUGGAUGGUCAGAAGAGCGCAGCGCCCUCGCUCGCCGUCACUGCCAGUCCCAUCACUGCUGCUGCUGCAGCACUGGUGCUGUCGUUUCUCUGAGCCAGUGGGCUGCUCGACGCGGUCCUGGUUUCUGGUUUGGGUUUUGGUUUGGUUUUGAUUUUGUGAACCUUGGUUAGCGAAACGAGCGAGCGGAUUGACGGAACGGACACGAAGGACAUCACCAUCAUUGAGUACCUUACGGAGUAUGAGAUACCAAAAGUACGUUACGGGAGUAUCAUUAGCGAGGGAGUUUCAUGGGCUUUGAAUUGACUCGGGUGGAACUUUUGAAUCGGACAUUGGAUAUAUAUUGUAUAUAGAUUCUUACAAGAAAACGAAACCUAACCACUCA